CGCCACCGUCGCCGACGCCGCUUCGCCAUUUCGUCCCCGAACGACGCGACAGAGCAAGAGAAACGGAGAGACACGCACGCAGAGAGAUACAGCGUUCCCGGCGAUCGUUCUCGACACACGCGCCCCGGCACGAGCAUCACAUCGGCAGCACGAGUGUCUCAGCAGCAGUACCGAGCACACCGACCAGGGCCCGUCAAACCGCCCGUAUAAGAUGUAACAAGAUCGAGAACAUAACACGGAACAAAAAAAAUUACAAAAUUAUAAUUUAAAAUGAAGAGAACCAAACAUUGCCAGAUGUUUUCGAGUCACCAAUCAUCAUAUUCUAUUGGCAUAGCAAUAUAUUUAAUUUGUGUGCAAUGGAUAUCCAUUGAUUCUGCUUAUGUUAACGCGGCCGCCGCCGGUUCGGUGGUCGGGGACAAAGUGACAUUGCCGUCGAGGAACGAUGCGACCAACCCGCUGAAGGAGCCGACGCCCAGCACGUUGCAGGGAGCAUUCCUGGGCAGCAACCUGACGGACGUCAACAACGGUAGUUCCAGCACGCCACCGGCGGACGCGCAGCGACGGCACGGCGAGCACGAGGUGUUCGUGGCGUCGGCGACCACGGCCGCCGCAGCCGCCGAGACGAUCUGGAACGCGCGGACCGCGGCGGUGGCCACGCUGCCGCUGGACCGGCGAAACGAUUCGGUGACGGCCAUCAAGUCGGAUCCGGCCACCACCAACCGGCCGCUGGAGUCGUGGGAGAACGUUGUGCACACGAGUACCGAGCAACCGUCGUCGUCGCGAUCGCCGCUAACGUCCACGACCGAUCGCUAUCCGGCCGCUGAAACGACGACAGUAACGCGCAACGGGAACCGCGGAGCCGGCUUGAACCACGACAACGUCAUGGCCAACAUGCUGAAAAGCUGGUUCGACCACAAAGACGACACGACUUCCUCGGCCAAGCGCUACUACAAGCUGGCCGCCGAGUACCUGCAAAAGAACGGCGACGGUGGACAGCUGUCAAAGACAGUGUCAUCGUCGUCCAAAGCGGCGAGUAUGGCCGUCGUGGGCGGAAACAAGAACCUGUUCGAACGGUGGGACGAGGCGAGCGAAGAACAAGAACGCGUGCUGGAGGACGCCAUGCGAUCCGAGAGCGCCGGUGCGGACGGUGGUGGUAGGUCGUCGUCCGUUCUGGCCGCGGACCAAAACACCCCCAGCCGGUGGUUCGUGCUGCUGUUGUCCGGCAACUCGACCGUAGCUCAGAUGCGGCGCACCGACUUCGCCAAGUACCUCAAGCUGAACCUCGCGGCCAGGUUGUCGUUGGAGUACGACGAGGUCAAGAUCAACCGCGUGCUGGUCGUGCCGCCGCGCCUCAUGGUCAACGUGAGCGUGGUGCCCGUCCCCGAACGCACCUCGGUCGCGGCCGCCGCAGCAUCAGCAGCAGCAGCAGCAGCAGCCGCAGCCGCCGCUGCGUCACCGUCGUCCUCGUCCUCUUCGCCCAGGUCGUCAUCGGCGUCCGUCGCGGCCGUCCCCGAUCUGAUGGCCGAAGACGACGACCCGCUGCACAACCUGGUCGAGACCAACGCCACGCUGAUGGAACUGUCCGGGGAGGAAUAUCGGGUGGAGAGGUUCAUGUCACUGAAAUCGCAAAAGCCGCAGUCGAUGGAGGAAUCGGCGGCCGUGGUGAGCAACCGGCACGCGGACAUCGACUUCUUCAUAUACGCGACGGUGGGUCCGCUGUGCUUCGUGGUCGUGCUCGGGUUCCUGUUGUUGACGUUGUACAAGUACGUGCGCAAGCACCCGGUGCAGUGGCCGUGGAAGCGCAAGCUGAGGCAGCCGUCCUUCUGGCCGGGCGGCGACCACCAGCACCGUCACCACCGGAUGACGGAAGAAUGCUGCGGCGGCGGCGGUAAGUGCGGCACCCCGUUGUCCGCGGACGAGAUGCACGGCGGCACGAUAAACGUCAUCUACUCGGGUGAGUUCGAGCAGAGCCAACAGCAGCAGCUGUCCGGCUCGUGGUUGGACGACGCCAGCUUCGUGCCCGACGACAGCUUGGACCGGAUACGCACGCCGACGCUGUUGCGCACGGCCACACCGCCGGCGGCCAAGAACAAGACGUUCACGGACAUGUUACAGCAGUGCAGCGACGGUGGUGCCGGCGGCAUCGGUGAUGACGAUCAUCACCGGCGACACCAUCACGGGCCGCCGUCGCGCGGCGGCGUCCAGUGCUCCGCGGCGGCGGCGGCGGCGGCGGCGGCGGCGGGCGCCGUCCACGCGCAAAGCCCGCGACUCAGCCGGGACAACAAGCUGCGCAUACUGGGAUGCAAACAGUCGUGCCUGUUACUGCCGGCCGUCCAGCCGGCCGCGAACGACGACAAGGCGCCGCAGCCGCCCGGCCAGUCGGCGACGGCGCGCGGCGACGGCUGCGGUGGCCGACCCUGAGCGCGUGCCACUGUCGAUGUGCGCAUAACAGGGUGCCUUGGGCAGCUGGUCCGUAAACGUGAACACGUCGAUUUGUUUUCGUCAUGUUAACGUAAUGCAAACGUUAUGUGCCGUUCGUCGAACGCGAAACGUUUGCGGACCAUUUCUGUGCACACGCACCCGCCGUGUACGAUAGUGUCGUACGACGGUUGUGUUAGCUAUUUACGCCGUGUCCCGCGCGAACACGAUAAAUCCGACGGUCGCAACACGAUUUAAAACGUAACGAAUCGACGGAAACGAAUCGGAGCGCGCCCCUUUCCCACCCACCCCCACCCCCAC